UCGAGUGCUUACUAAAAUAUAAUGACGAAAACGGCUAAUUCCCGACAGUAAAUUCAAAAUAUCAAUGCCAAAAAAAAAUUAAAAAUUAAAAAAAAGGAAAAAGAAAAAAAAAACAAUCAUCCUCCUCCUGCGAAGCUUCGCCGAAGCUCACUUCCCAAGCUCCCCUCCCCUCCUUUAUUUCCUCCACCCCCUUCUCUCUGUUUCUCCGCACCCUGCACACUUUCUCAUUCAGCUCCAAUCAAGAAGAUGAAGCUCAUCAAACUCGGAUCCUUCUUCUCCAAGGCUUCCCGAUCGAAGAAAAGAGAUCGGAUCGAGUCUCCCUCCUUCGGAUCCGUCGCCACCACAACCUCUUCCUCCUCCGAAGGAACCAUCACCCCCAAAUCCGUUCUCCCCGUAGCCAUCGACGAUCUAUUCAGCGUCUUCGAUCGCGACGGCGAUGGCAAGAUCUCGAAGCCCGAUCUCCAGGCGGUGCUCGGUCGGCUCGGCCCUCACGAUCCGCCGACGGAGGAGGAGCUCGCCUCGAUGGUUGCGGAGAUCGAUCGAGACGGCGAUGGAUACAUAAGUCUGGACGAGCUCGGAGUCAUCGCUCUCGCGGCUCUUGAAAAGCCCGCCGCCGGAGACGAGCUCCGCGAAGCGUUCGCCGUAUUCGACGUCGACGGAGACGGGGAGAUCUCGGCGGGGGGGCUGUGCUCUGCUAGGGUUUUCGCUGUGAUGGAGCUUCUUGGAGGUGCUUUGGACCUGUGUGAAGCUUGCUUUCUCUUCAAGAUCUCCCUGGGGUUUGUGGUGGUAGUUUUGGUUUUUGCCCGGGAAGUUUUUGUUUCAAGUUUGUGUUACUGUUCCAUUGAUAAAGUUGCUGUUAGCUACUGUUUUUCUCUGGGGCUUUCCCUUCCUUGCUGGUUUUCCUGGUUUUCAGUUUAG